AGAUCUUCCGACCUUGAGAUGGGCGUGACGUGUCCGACUCCAAAGCAAUAAAAGCCCGGCGUCUGCUCUGCUCUCCCCCCGUCUCCUCCUCCUCCGGACAGGACCAGCGUACCGACGUGCCUUCACUAUACGAAUAAAUCUCAUCUGACAAAAUGGUGAAGAUUGGAAUUAAUGGUUUUGGCCGUAUUGGUCGUCUGGUGGUCCGUGCCGCUGUGAGUGGAAAAAAUAUUGAGGUGGUGGCCAUCAAUGACCCCUUCAUCAACCUGGAUUAUAUGGUGUACAUGUUCAAAUAUGACUCCACUCAUGGCAUCUGGAAAGGCGAUGUGAAGGCAGAGAAUGGAAAACUGAUCAUUGGAAAGAUGUCCAUCACAGUCUUCCAAGAGAGGGACCCAGCAAACAUCAAAUGGGGCGAGGCUGGAGCAGAGUACGUUGUGGAGUCGACUGGAGUUUUCACCACCAUCGAGAAGGCCUCUGCUCACCUGAAGGGCGGCGCUAAGCGUGUGAUUAUCUCUGCCCCCAGUGCUGACGCUCCGAUGUUUGUGAUGGGAGUGAACCACGAGAAGUACGACAAGUCCAUGACAGUUGUCAGUAACGCCUCCUGUACGACCAACUGCCUGGCUCCUCUGGCCAAAGUCAUCAACGAUAACUUUGGCAUUGUGGAGGGGCUCAUGAGCACAGUGCACGCAGUCACAGCCACUCAGAAGACUGUGGACGGACCUUCAGGUAAACAGUGGAGAGACGGACGAGGAGCCGCUCAGAACAUCAUCCCUGCUUCAACUGGAGCUGCAAAAGCUGUGGGCAAAGUCAUCCCAGAACUCAACGGUAAACUGACUGGAAUGGCUUUCCGUGUCCCCACUCCCAACGUGUCUGUGGUUGACCUCACCGUGCGCCUGGAAAAGCCCGCAAAGUAUGAUGAGAUCAAGAAGGUGAUGAAGGCUGCUUCUGAGGGCCCCAUGAAGGGAAUCCUGGGAUACACUGAAGACCAGGUUGUGUCUACAGACUUCAACUCUGACCCUCAUUCCUCCACCUUCGACGCUGGAGCUGGAAUCGCCCUCAACGACAACUUUGUCAAACUUGUCUCAUGGUAUGAUAAUGAGUUUGGCUACAGUAACCGUGUGUGUGACCUUGUUCUCCACAUGGCCUCAAAGGAGUGAAAACAUCUUUGCUGUUCAAGAAUUCAAAAUAAAGCACUUAACUUCAAAGUUCUUGAUGGUUCUGUCUACUGUAAUGUUCAACAGUUUAAAACUACUGUGUAGAUUUGCACUUAAAUAAAAGUCCAAUUUGUAAAAGUGUAA